AAGGAAAAAGAAGACUACGCGCUAGCAAUUAAGCUCUGUGUAGACAGUGUAAUUAUAACACCUAGAAGACUAUUUAAAGAAUUAGACUGUACAAAAAUAAAAAGUUUAAUUAUAAGUAGCAUAUUUAAGGUACUUUUAUAUAAUUUAUUAAUUUAUAAAGGACAGAUCUUUAACCUUUAA